GCAGGUGCUAUGAUACCAUAAUAAACAUCGGUCACACUGUAUGCCUUCCGUGACUGCAGUGCCACAACUGUGCUCGCCACAUUUAUCGUUAGUAUCAAAAGCCAUAGUUAUUUGGAAGGUGGAACCAAGAAUAAGCAAAAAGCGAAACGAGCAAGCAGAUGCAGGAGAAAACAGCAAAGAACAAACUCACGGAAGACAAGAAGCCUUUGGGACGGGUAGGUUCAAGUAUGCAGCAGCAAAGAUAGCAGCCCAAAAGUCGAAAGCCCUGGUUCACUUGCUGGUAGAAGGGCUAGAUGUGGAAAGGCGGACCGUAGCGACGUCAGGCAGGAUUUGGUUGUGA